UUUCUUCCGAUAUCUCAUGGAUAGUUAUAAAUUAAUUUGUGGCUUAUUUUUAUAAACCCCUACAUAUUCUAGAAGUAAUGUAAUGAUUCUAAAUUAAUGAACUUCAUAAGUGUUAUACGCAAAUAAUAUUAGGUUAUGUUGUGUGAUCUGUUUUUUCGUCGUGAAGUAUAACAGCCACAAUGGAUCCAAAUAUUUAUGCCUUGGUCUUGGACACACUGAAUCGUGCCACUAGUCAAGACACUGAAGUUUUAAAGCCCGCAGAGAAGAAACUACAAGAAUGGGAAACUGAACCUGGAUUUUAUUCAGUUCUCUUGAAUGUUUUAACCAAUCACUCCAUUGAUGUAAAUGUUCGUUGGCUAGCUGUAAUGUGUUUCAAAAAUGGAGUGGAAAGAUAUUGGCGCAGGAAUGCACCUCAUGCAAUCACUGAUGACGAGAAGCACAAGUUACGUCAGGGGAUCCUGACGUCUCCUGUACUCAAUGAACCUGUUACACAGAUUGCAACACAACAAGCGGUGUUGAUAUCAAAAAUAGCAAGGUUUGACUGUCCAAAUAAUUGGCCAAAUUUGGUGCCGGAUUUGAUCUGUGCUUUGAAAGCACCUCAACCCCUCGUGCAGCACAGGUCAUUGCUUAUAUUCCAUCAUGUGGUUAAAGCAUUAGCAUCGAAGAGGCUUGUUGGUGAUAGAAGAACAUUUUCUGAACUAACAAACUCUGUGUAUCCAUUCAUACUACAACUAUGGCACGAGAACACUCAAGUAUUUCUUCGUAACAUACAAGAGGGUGCUGCAACUGAUCUGAUCACUGAACAUCUGGAGAAGGCACUUCUUUGUCUUAGGAUCUUGAGGAAGCUGACAGUGUUUGGUUUUAAAAAUGCACAUGACAGUGAGGAUGCUGUGGCCUUCUUGAAUGUCGUGUUUGAUAGAGCUAAGACAAGUUUAGAAUGCCGUAAACUCCUUAAAGGUCGUGGUAUCUACCCGUUGGAGUUAUGUGAAAAGUUCAUAAUACAUUUAACUAAAGUAGCUCUAGGCGUGUUGUGCUUCCAUCCAUUCUCUUAUGUGCCUCUCAUACGACCUUCAUUAGAAUUUGCUCUGUUCUACUGCUUCACGGAGCAAGGAAUGUCUCUCAUAUAUGAGAGAUUUACGAUACAAUGUCUGAAUAUAUUGAAGACAAUACUCCAGUGUGUUGAAUAUAAAUUGCCCAAAGGUGAAGCUGUUAAUGAUCCUUUGGUACUGCAAGCGCACCAGGUGAAGCAGGAGGUGCUGGACGAGCGCACGGUGUGCCACAUGUGCCGGCACCUCGUGGCACACUACUUCCCGCUCAGUGGAGACGACCUCGCGCUCUGGGAUGCUGAACCUGAGAGCUUCGCCACUGACGAGGCUGGCGAGUCAUGGAAAUAUAGCCUUAGGCCGUGUACAGAGUCAGUAUUCAUGGAGCUGUUCAGGCUGCACCGGACGACCCUGGCGCCGGAGCUGGUCCGCAUGCUGGGGGCGCUGCAGCAGUCGCCAGCUGCGCCAGAUGACCUGCCCGCCAUACUCAACAAGGAUGCUGUCUACAAUGCUGUCGGACUGGCCGCCUUCGAAUUGUAUGAUGACGUUGAUUUUGACGAAUGGUUUACAAAUGUUUUAAGUCAAGAGUUAAAGAUCAAAGAUAACAACUACAGAAUAAUAAGAAGGAGGGUCUGUCAGUUAAUCGGUACAUGGAGCAGCGUUCGUGCAUCGCAGGCUCUCCGGCCGGCAAUGUACGCCGCGCUGCUCGAACCGCUCAGCCGCAAGGACGAGGACCCCGCAGUGAAGUUGGCCGCCGCCAAGGCUCUGCGCAGUACCAUUGAUGAUUUCAGCUUCGAUGUGGAUGUGUUCGCUCCUUUCGCACCACAUGCACUCGCAGCGUUGUAUGACCUCCUAGUGGAGUCUGAGGAGUGUGACACGAAGAUGCAUGUACUGCACGUGGUGUCAUACGUAACAGAGCGCUGUGGGGCUCGAGUGGCUCGUGAUGGUGGUGGUGGUGCAGGUCCACUGUUCGCCUACUUGCCGCAGCUGUGGCACCACGCAGCUCACCACCACAUGUUGCGAGCAGCUGCUCUAGCUGCUAUCGUACAUUUAGUAAAGGCGCUGGGUGAAUGUGCUCCGAGCAUGCGGCCAUGGAUACUGAGUGUGGUGAACGAGUCUACCAAGCUGAGUGAGCCAGCACACGUCUAUCUUCUAGAAGAUGCUCUGGAGCUGUGGCUGGCCAUACUGGAGACAUCGCACAGCGCAGACCCCGCCAUGCUGCAGCUGGCUGAUAACUUGUAUCCCAUAUUAGAACAAUCUACAGAACAUCUAAGGAUAGUUGUAUACAUAAUGCAAGCGUACACAUUACUAUGUCCUGAGGAAUUCUUCCUCGGUGCCGGUGCGAAAUGCAUGUCACUACUGGAUGACAUGCUGAGUGACAUGCGCACAGAGGGUGUCAUCGCUGCACUCAAGAUGGCUGAGAUAGCGAUUAGUGUGACAUAUCCGGAGAGAAAUGCAUUUUUAGGUGUUAAAGUUAUAUGGCCUAUACUAAUACAUGUUAUACGACGUAUAUUAGAAGGUGAUGAUCUGCCGAUGGUGUUAUCAGUACAACUAUGUCUCCUCUCCCGAGUCAUUCUCCUGUCAUCAGAUCUGUUCUACAAGGCGGUGCAGGAAGCUGCCAAUGGUCUCACAGAGUAUGACUCGGAUCCAGCAAAAGUCCUGAAUAAAGUUCUACAUGUUUGGACUGAGAAGAUGAAUCUUGUUACGCAAGUGGAAAGGUGGAAAGUUGUAGGUCUAGGUUUAGCAGCUCUUUUGACGACGCAGAACGCGACCGUGCUGCAAAGGUUCCCCGCCAUCUUGCUCAACCUCACUGAGGUACUGAACGAUGUUAUGAAAACUGAAGACAACGGUACAUAUGUCGAUGGUCUGGUGGCACCGCCGGGGUCACGGCCUGCGUCACCAUUGGAGGGUCGCGGGGGUGCGGCGCGGUGGGCGGGGGGAGGCAAUGAGGAUACUCCACACGAGCAGCGCCGUCGACGCCUCGCCGCCGCUCACCCCGCGCAUGCUGUUGAUCUGCGCCUCGUCACACACCACCAGUUGGAAACAUUGAAGAACCAAGUUGGAGUGGAGACAUUCGAGAGACUGGUGCAGUUAACUGACCCAGAUACAUUGAAACAGAUCAGAGAAUAUAUACCUCUUUGAAUUUAUAUAUAAGUAAUGUUGGAUACGAACAAUAUGAGCAAAUUGGAAAUUUAUUCAUAUUUGUUACCAUAUACUUAGGUUAUAAAAUUAAACUAUGGCCUUUUUAAGUCGUUUACGUUGUUUUUAAUGGGGAGAAAAUCUGAAAGUAGGUGGCGCUAGCGUCAA